GUAGGAUGUAUAAGAAGAAAGGGCUAAGUAAUCCAGUAGAGAAUUUUAGGGCAUUGAGACGGUACCAUGAUGAUUCGUCAGGGAAAGUGGACCUGAUAAUAUGGUAUAGGAAUUUAGCUUUAGUGGCAAUAGGUUUUUAUAUAAUGCCUAGACCGGGAGAGUUGUGUGAGUUAAGAUUGAAGGAUAUAGAAAAAAAAUUGGAACUAUGUGGUUGA